CUCGUUUGGGCUGCGAGGGUGUUAGCUAACACAAUUUCACUUCACUCACAAUCUCCCCCAAAACACCACUUGUUAGAUCAUCACAUUCUGUUUCUCUCUUUCUCUCUCUUCCUCUGUUUGCAAUCAUGGAUCGAACCCAAAUUCUCCUUGUUGGGUUACCAAUCUUCUUGUUCUUCUCAGAUGUUUUCAACCUCUUCUCUCCUCCACCGCCUUCUAAACCAACAUCACAUCACCAUCCCCCUUCAACUCAACCUAAUAACCCUCAAACCACCACCCAUAUUCAGGAACCCCUCCUCGAAUUCCCUACCCAGAAACAGAGUGGUAUUGGCCCAAUUGGUGUUGGCAACACUGUAAACAUUGACUUCUGCACUUCAUGUUCCUACAAGGGAAAUGCAUUAACGGUUAAGAACAUGUUGGAGGCAGAGUUCCCUGGGAUCAAUGUUGUUUUGGCUAACUAUCCCGCUCCACUUCCAAAGCGACUUCUCAGCAAAGUAGUACCGGUGGUGCAACUCGGACUUAUUAUAACAAUAUCUGCAGGAGAGCAGAUAUUCCCGAGGUUGGGAAUAACUCCUCCGGCAUGGUAUUAUUCUUUGCGUGCCAACAGGUUUGGAAGCAUGGCAAGCAUUUGGCUUCUCGGGAACUUCCUUCAGUCUUUCUUACAGAGUUCUGGUGCUUUCGAAGUAUAUUGCAAUGGUGACUUGAUUUUCUCCAAGCUGCAGCAGAAGAGGUUCCCUGGUGAAAUUGAGUUGAGGGACCUUGUUAGCAGAAGAAUAGCGAAUCCACUAUACGUCAACGGUAUUUAAGGUUCUGUCUGGCCAGAAGACCGUCAGGUAGCGUAUUGCCGGAGGUACCAGAAAAGAUGUUAGGUUCAACAAAGUUUCCAGACACGAAUUAGAGCAUACAAACUGGAUGCUAACUGAAUGCUACCGAGAUCAUAAUUUUUUUAGUCUUUUUGUAAUUUGUGAUGUACACUGUAAGUCUCUAAGGCAAAUAAUUGAUUCAGAAAUCAUUGGUUUUAGUUUUUCA